CUAUAGGCUCUCCCGGGACGCACCCCGCAGGGACUCGGCCAGCCAGGCGGGAGCGCUGCAAGCUCUGCGCACUACAGUGUGUGCGUCCUCCGGCCGCCCUGCACCUGUCGCGCUCACUUGUUGCCUGCACCUGUGGCGCUCACUUGCAGUCCACAUCUGUCCCCUGCACCUGCAGCCCGGCCCAGCAUGGCGGACCAAGCGCCCUUCGACACAGACAUCAGCACCCUGACCCGCUUCGUCAUGGAGGAGGGCAGGAAGGCUCGCGGCACUGGCGAGCUGACCCAGCUGCUCAACUCUCUCUGCACCGCGGUCAAAGCCAUCUCCUCGGCGGUGCGCAAGGCCGGCAUCGCGCAGCUCUAUGGCAUCGCUGGCUCUACUAAUGUGACAGGAGAUCAGGUCAAGAAGCUGGACGUCCUCUCCAAUGAUCUGGUUAUGAACAUGCUAAAGUCGUCCUUCUCCACCUGUGUCCUUGUGUCUGAAGAAGACCAACAUGCCAUCAUUGUAGAACCUGAGAAAAGAGGUAAAUAUGUGGUCUGUUUUGAUCCCCUUGAUGGCUCUUCCAACAUCGACUGCCUUGUAUCCAUUGGAACCAUUUUUGGCAUCUACAGAAAGCAAUCUACUGAGGAGCCUUCCGAGAAGGACGCACUGCAGCCAGGCCGGGACCUGGUGGCAGCUGGCUACGCCCUCUACGGCAGCGCCACCAUGUUGGUUCUCGCCCUGGAGAGUGGUGUCAACUGCUUCAUGCUGGACCCGGCUAUUGGGGAGUUCAUUUUGGUGGACAAGAAUGUGAAGAUCAAAAAGAAAGGUAAAAUCUACAGCCUCAAUGAAGGCUACGCCAAGGACUUUGACCCUGCCAUCACCGAGUACAUCCAGAGAAAGAAGUUUCCUUCAGAUAAUUCAGCUCCCUAUGGCGCCCGGUAUGUGGGCUCCAUGGUGGCAGAUGUGCACCGCACUCUGGUCUACGGAGGGAUCUUUUUAUACCCUGCUAACAAGAAAAGCCCCAGGGGGAAGUUGAGACUACUGUAUGAAUGUAACCCAAUGGCCUUCGUCAUGGAGAAGGCAGGAGGACUGGCCACUACGGGGAAGGAAGCGGUACUAGACAUCGUUCCCACUGAUAUCCACCAGCGAGCACCAGUCAUCCUGGGGUCCCCUGAUGAUGUGAGGGAAUUCCUGGAAGUAUAUAAGAAGCACUCUGCCAAAUGAAGAACUGGUCUUGCCCUCACCCCAAAGAGUUGCCUCACACAGCACUACCGCAUUCCGAUUGUGCAUUGUAUGUGCCUAGCCAGCAGACAUGAAAUGCAUGGAUACUUUCACCAUUUAAUGCUCUGUAAUGCUUGGUGCUACCUGACCCAAGUGUUAUCUCAAUAACGCCACUGGUGAGAAAAAUAUAUUUUGAGUGGAGGGAGGAGAAAUAAACACAUUCUUCCAUUUUAAAGAA